AUGACAAGCGUACUCGCCGAACAUCAAACAAUGCUGGAGCUAGGGGUGGAACAAUACAUAGAGAAGAUCGCAUCGGACCAUGCCGUCCGAAAGGGCCGAAUUGUAGUAGAGCCGCGUGACCCCUUCUUUGUCACGAGCAUCGAUGGCCCUGGAACUGCUUUGCUUAGCAGAUCUUCGUCAAGGAUCACAGGAAGGAUGCUGAGAACCCUGGAUUGGCCCAAUGCUGGAGCCAAGCUUUACGAUGCCGCGAAGAUAGUGGAGAAGUCUUGCAAUCCGAUCUUCCUCUGCCUUCCUCGCCCCGUAGGCUCCGAGGACAUUAUUGUCUGUGUACGGAAAUGCCUCAACUGCCCGUACAGCUGCAUUGAGAUCAUUCUAUACCCCACCGACCAGUGCAACAUCCUGUCGCUAGCGAGGGCAAGACAACAGUACGACAAGAUCAAAGAGAUGUCGCAGGUGAACAGCGGAAGGAACUCUCCCGAGAAAGAUCUCGAAAUCUCUGAUUCAGAGAUGCGAGUGUCCUUCGAUUACAGCCCAGCCAUGAUGAGCUAUGACCUCGCGAUGGUGCCGUGUUCGAUCGAUCUGGACCAGAGGAAGGGAUGA